AGCGGAUUCAAUGAAGAUUUCUCCGGGAAUACGUUUUGUAUUUAAGAAUUCACCGGGCAUAUUUUUCUCUUCCUUCUUCUUUUACUUCGGUGGGUACUUGGUUCAACAUCAUAGCAACGGCAUCCUGCCAAGAUGGACGAUUGUACCUCUCUCUUUCUCUAUUCUUGUGGUACUGCGCCGAGAGUGGAGGUUUUUCAUGGAUAAACGUCAUGCAGCUGCCAUAGGCGCAGUUGUUCCUCCUGUGGUCGAAGACAAAUGGCCUCUUUACCUUGGAAAUUUCUGGAAGACAUUUAACGGUUUCAUGAACGGCUAUCCUGGCGACACAGCUUGGGAAUGGAUCGCGAAGUACGGUCAUACAUUCUAUGUUCGUGCGGGGUUUGACGAGCGGGUCAUGACCGUGGAACCGCACCACGUCAAGGCACUCCUCGCCACAAACUUUGAUUGUUGGGAGAAGGGAACAACUUUGCAUGAUCAGCUAUACUCGGUCUUGGGCACGGGGGUAUUCAACUCUGACGGCGACAUGUGGAAAUAUCACCGGACGAUGACCCGACCUUUCUUCACUAAGGACCGAAUCUCUGACUUCGAGAACUUCGAUAGGCAUGCCAUGGCGUCUAUCACGCUGGCCAAAGAACGCUUACGCACUGGUUUCCCUAUCGACUUCCAGGACUUGGCUUCACGCUUUACUUUGGACACAACUACCGAGUUCCUUUUCGCGUCCGACGUUAGCUCAUUGUCAGCAGGCUUGCCUUACCCAUCGGCACCCAGCAGCACUUCCGAACUCAUGCACCCAUCGAAUCUAGUCGCAGCUUCAUUCGCCCAAGUACAAUUCCGGGUUAUGACCCGUUUCUUCUUUGGGGCCUGGUGGCCCUUGAUGGAGCUCUGGAAGGACCAGACGGAAGACGACAUGAAGGUUCUCAUGGGGUUUGUCGAUCCUAUCUUACAGAGCGCUAUGCAGAAGAAGGGCGAGUCAUUCACUGAUGCGGAGAAUGACGAAGAGACGUUCUUACAGCAUAUGGUCAAGUCGACCGAUGGUGCGGCAGGUUCACUUCAUCCUUUCAUUGGCCAUUCUGAAGCGAAUACCAUUGCAGACAUCAAGGUGCUCAGGGACGAGUGUCUUAAUCUAAUGACGGCCGGAAGAGACACUACGGCUGCUUUACUUAGUUUUGGCGUAUAUAUGCUUGCAGAGCAUCCCCAUGUGCUUCAGCGUCUGCGCGCUGAAGUCCUAGAGACCGUUGGGCCAUCGAGGGCCCCUACGUAUGAGGAACUAAGAGGGAUGAAGUAUAUGCGAGCAUUCCUGAACGAAACCUUGCGACUCUAUCCACCAGUUCCGUUCAACUUGAGGAAUGCUAACAGGGAUACGACACUACCUGGAGCACCCGGAGAACAGCCAUUUUACAUAUCCCGCGGCACUUCGGUCUUGUAUUCUGUGUUCGUGAUGCACCGUCGAGCUGACCUAUGGGGUCCUGAUGCAAUCGAGUUCGACCCAGAUCGUUUCAUCGACGCAAGGCUGCAGCAAUACCUAACUCACAAUCCCUUCAUCUUCGUUCCCUUCAAUGCCGGGCCUAGGAUCUGUCUCGGACAACAAUUUGCGUAUAAUGAAGCGUCCAUAAUGCUAGUCCGUCUUCUCCAGAACUUCUCGUCGGUGUCCCUGGCACAAGACGUUCAGCCGCCGAAAUCGAUCCCUCCCGCCUCUUGGGCUGAUGUUCCUGGGAGACAAAGCGUCGAGAAAUUGUGGCCCAAGUCUAACCUGACAAUGUUUAUUGAUGGUGGCCUGUGGGUCAGAUUGGGAGAAGCAGCCGAGUCUACAAGCAGCUAGUCGAGGGCUCUGCAGAGGUAUUUUUCAGCGAUGUAUUGGAAGUUGGCUCCAUCGUACAGUUAUUAUAUCCAAGCGUAGCACCC